GAAUUUAGCGAUACUGUAUGUAAUGACUGUCCUGCUGGUUCAUAUUCAGAUGGCACAUUCUGCAAAUUGCAUACAAAAUCACCAGAUUUUGUGGGUAAAUUUAGCUCUUUUCUCACAUGCAAUAAUGCAGAAUAUGAAAUUAAUGGAGAGUGUUGCCCCAUGUGUGAUCCAGGAAAGCGAGUUAAGAAACACUGUGAUGAAAACACAAGCACAAUGUGUGAUUCAUGUCCUGCAAUGACCUACACUGAUGCUCCAAAUGGACUCACAGAAUGUCUGCCAUGUUUUGUCUGUGAUUCAAGUAAUGGGCUGAGAGUAAAGCAUGCAUGUACUUCAAUAUCAAAUACAGUGUGUGAACCUCUGGCAGGUUUUUACUGUAUAGACUUGCUCUCCAACUGUAAAAAGGCCAUGAAACAUUCAACCUGCUCACCUGGACAGUACGUCAACCAAGCCGGAACAGAAUUUAGCGAUACUGUAUGUGAUGACUGUCCUGCUGGUUCAUAUUCAGAUGGCACAUUCUGCAAAUUGCAUACAAAAUCACCAGAUUUUGUGGGUAAAUUUAGCUCUUUUCUCACAUGCAAUAAUGCAGAAUAUGAAAUUAAUGGAGAGUGUUGCCCCAUGUGUGAUCCAGGAAAGCGAGUUAAGAAACACUGUGAUGAAAACACAAGCACAAUGUGUGAUUCAUGUCCUGCAAUGACCUACACUGAUGCUCCAAAUGGACUCGCAGAAUGUCUGCCAUGUUUUGUCUGUGAUUCAAGUAAUGGGCUGAGAGUAAAGCAUGCAUGUACUUCAAUAUCAAAUACAGUGUGUGAACCUCUGCCAGGUUUUUACUGUAUAGACUUGCUCUCCAACUGUAAAAAGGCCAUGAAACAUUCAACCUGCUCACCUGGACAGUACGUCAACCAAGCCGGAACAGAAUUUAGCGAUACUGUAUGUAAUGACUGUCCUGCUGGUUCAUAUUCAGAUGGCACAUUCUGCAAAUUGCAUACAAAGUGUGAAUCUCUUGGAAAAACAACAGUCAAAGCAGGAACUGAAACAUCUGAUGUUGAAUGCAGUAAUGGAAUUGAGCCAACUUACUGACCUACUAUUUAAGAUUAUUAUUAUUCUUCUUCUGAGCCAAAUUUCGGUAUCUAUCUCCUCCUAGAGCUUUCAAGCUAGAACCACCAAACUCUGUCCAGACCUUCAGACUGGUCUGACUCGCUGUUCUAUAUCUUUUCAGACUGAUCCGGCUUACAGUUUUCAUAAACCAGACUAUCAAAACCACCAAAAAUCCCAUAGACUUACAUUGACGAACUGUUCAAAUGAGCAACACUCUUCAAUUCCAACUGACAAAAUUCAAAUCUAAACUCCCAGAAUCCCUUGAGGCUCAAUCAAGCUUCCCUUCUGUGUACUAUUUCUAAUCCAUUUAGACUCAUUUAAGCUUCCACUCUAAUAUUUCUAAUAUUUCUAAUCUAUCUAGCUAAAUCAUGCUAGCAACAUGCUAAUAACUUGCUAAUCAUUCUAACAUGUUAGAAACAUGCUAACAAAAUUCUAGUAAUAUGCUAAUCAUGUUAACAACAUGCUAAUAACUUGCUAAUCAUGAUAGAAACAUGCUAGCAAUGUGCUAGUAACAUGCUAAUAACAUGAUAUUACCUUGGUAAUCAUGCUAGCAACCUGCUUGUUACAUGCUAAUCAUACUAGAAACAUGCUAACAACAUGCUAGUAACAUGUUAAUCAUGCUAACAACAUGCUAAUCAUGUUAGAAACAUGCUAACAACAUUCUAGUAACUUGUUAAUCAUGUUAGAAACAUGCUAGCGACAUGCUAAUCAUGCUAGUGUAGGAUUACAAAUUUAAGAAAUUGUUUAAAAUAUGCUGAUCUUAUGUUCUGACAUAGCAUCACGUGAAAACCUAAGGUGCAGUACAUUGUAUUUAGCAUUUAAGGUAAAUAUGAUGACAUCAGACAAAUGAUUCUCUCAAGCAAAGUUUGUAGCAAGAGGUUCCUGCCAGUUCCUGUUCUCUUAUUGUAAGUCAAAUGAGCCAGAUUACUGAGAUGUUCACCUUUUGUCUGUAAUGGCUCUUGGUACCUCUGCCCAGUCUUUGAGUAGUUGUGAUGAUUGGAUUAGGACUGGUGUAAAUGGUGCAGGCUGCUAAUACCUGAAUACUUCAUUUGCAUGCUUUGUUUGGGGUCGUCACGCAGGUGCUUUGUCUCCAGAUCUAAGCACUGCCCCCUAAAUGUAUAUAAACUACAAUGUAUCACUGCCUUGGUUAGACGACUUUGAAGACUGCAGUGCCAAGCAGCGAGUAUCUGAAUAAAGAGAAACUUCUGCUUCAAGAUAUCCAAAACGUCUCCUGGUCUCUAAGAAAAACAAUUAACAACACUAGAAACAUGCUAGCAACUUUGCUAAUAAUGCUAGAAACAUGCUAGCAACAUGCUAACAACUUGCUAAUCAUGUUGGAAACAUGAUAGCAACUUUGCUAAUCAUGCUAGAAACAUGCUAGAAACCUGCUAAUCAUGCUAGAAGCAUGCUAGCAACUUGCUAAUCAUGUUAGAAACAUGUUAGCAACAUGCUAGCAAUUUGUUAAUCAUGUUAGAAAUGUGCUAGAAACAUGCUAGCAACAUGCUAACAACUUGCUAAUCAUGCUAGAAACAUGCUAGCAACUUGCUAAUCUAUCUGACAGAUUGCCUUCAAACUUUAAAACUUCAAAAUACUUAAAACUACUUACAUUUUUUUUCAACUUUUUAAACUUUUCAAACUUUUACAAACUUUCUGGUCCGGCUUUCUCAAUCCAACUUAAAGUUUGUUUUGACAAACUUUUUUAUCUAGUUUACCAAUUGUGCAAUUAUUAUUAUACUAUUAAACAUGACAGUGCAGCAUAUCAAUUUACUCCUCACGAAGAUUAGUAUCAGACCACUCCAAUACUGUUUAAAACAAUUUCUUGGCCUAGAAAGAAGUAUUGUUAUAAAACAUCCAACAGCACGACUGUGGGAAUUCACAACUUUCCCAAAAACAAACCAGUGCUGUUGCAUGAUGUUAAGUCCCUAACGUGAAAGCAAGUUAAAAACAUUUCAGUUCUGUUUUUUCCUCCCCACCCUGAAUAAAUGUUUUGAUAUCAAUGUACAUGUACAAAGGAACAUGUACAAAAAUACUUCAUUUAAACUGUUCAAAAGACAAGCAUAAUUUCCAUAACAAUAUGCCAGCCAACAAUUAACAAAUGAGCGCAAAUUCUAAAACAUGUUUAAUGAAGCAAUGCUUGAUAGUUCUUGUUUCCUUAGAUGAUUGUGUUCCCCUGUCCUUUAUUUUGUUUAGUAAUACUUCUGAACUGCAGUUAUAUUACCCUAAUACCCUUAAUCUGUGAUGACAUUUUAAAGAAAUUAUUACAAAGUAUCUUUACAAGAACACCCUUUGCUGUGUGUAAUGUGAUGUCUGUAUGUGGUGAUGGCUGCGUCCGAAAGCCUGUCAGGCAAUGACUUCGAAGGCUGCGAAGGCAAAUCCGGGAACAGUUUCGGACAGGGUUCAGAUGCAGUGUAGCGUGACGUCAUUGCUAGGUUACCUAAUAUUUAUGUUAUUUAUGUUAUAUUAUGGAGAAAAAUGAUCUUAUACAGUUAUGUAUAACCGCUUUAAUAGUACAUAAAGAGCUCAAGGUCUGUGCAUCGGAGACGAUAACUGAGAAUGGCAGCUAUUUUUCGCUUAAAAAGUAAAAGCACUGAUGCAAAUAUUAAUGCAGAACAGGGGUGUAUUCCAAAAAGCAAGGUUAACCCUGAACUCUCGGCUGAUCAACCCAAACCUUACUUAUUCAAGGUAUGCUUGUUCCAAAAACGCGUCAGGGAGUAAGUUAAUUCAACUAAAAGUAUGUUCCUGGUAAACACACAAGACAUUCUCAACAGAGUGAUGAAUCAUCCAUCACUAUGGAAACAGAUGCUAAAAUAAAGGGCGUUAUACUGCUUCUUUCUUCGUUCAAAAGGUUAUUUACAUACUUAGUGCAUAACGCCACCUAAUUGGUGCAGUCUUUUUUUUCCUGUUUAAUCUUUAAUAGAAUAAGAAUUAUAUUGUUUGUUUGAUGCUUAUUAUAUAAUAAGUCAUAUCAGAUAUGUAUUUUUAUUAUAAAAUACCUUACAGAAAAUGCAGAUCUAUGAUGUGUGAGAUAAAAUAUAAUAAACAUAUAUAAUAUAAAAUAAACAUUAUCUUGUCAUAGUAGUGUUUUAUAAUUUAUACAGAUAACUAUUAUAUAUGCCAACAGAGUAAAUAUAAUAACCAUAUUAGAAUAAUAUAAUAUUACCUUAUAUUUUACUUAUAUUAGUGCUUUAUAUUUAAUAUAUCAUGGAACUAUAUAUAUAUGUGUCAUGCCCACUGGAGUCUUGUCAGUAGGUCACGCAUGCGCUGAUUGCUCUGGAAUAAGCUAACCUACUCCGGUGAGAGGUUAUCUUCAGAGAGCAAGUUGCUAUGGCUACUGACAUGCCCUAGUAGUGUAUUGAGCCCUUUUAACAUUUGUAUAAAACACUAUUAUUACAAACAAUAUUCCUUAAUGCUUAAUUAUGCUUUUUGCAUUAUUACUUUUCAUGAAGCAUACUAUGGUGAAGAUCUCAUCUAUUAUAAAGUAAUCAGUUUAAUUUCAAAAGAAUAUCUUUAUUUAUAUAGAAAUAAAAAAAUAAAUAAAAGCACUGAUGCAAUUAUUGUUGCAGAACAGGUCAUUGUAAUUAGAGGCUGUUAUGAUAUCAUUAUUAGUAGUAGUAUAUUGUAAAUGUUAUUAUUACUAUUAUUUACUACUUAUUUGAACCCUUUUAGCAUUUUUAUA